AUGAUGAGGUUAGGUCCGCGUUUGUUAUUUGCAUCGCCUUCAAGUCUGGGUACAACGACAGGUUUCAAGCCUGGGCCUCUGGCUCUGUUACCACCCAUUCCGCUGUACAGAAGAUUACUACGCACACAUCGAAAGCAUUUGCCCAGGGACAUGCGGCUGCUCGGGGACGAAUACGUUAAAAGCGAAUUUAGAGCACACAGAAACAUUGAAAACCCAGUUCACAUUAUUGGAUUCUUGACGGAAUGGCAGAUGUAUGCGCAAGCGCUGGAGGGUGAUGCCUGGAUUGGAGAGCGCAUGGACCAAGGUAAAAUGGACAAAAUGAGUGACCAGCAGCUCGGGCAGAUGUAUGAACUCAUGCAGGCGAUACGAAAGAAGGAAAUGGAGGAUAGUGAUUGA